UAUAAUCGUCUAAUGAGUUUAUAAUAAAAUCUGUGAUAUCUUUUCAUGAAACUAUUUUAUAAAAUAUUAAUUAGUUAUCAAGUGUACAUUUAUAAAUAGUUAUUAAAUUAAUUUAUACAAGGAUCUGCACCAUACUUUUCACGUUUAAUUCAAUCAUUAAUUGACUUUUCUAUAAAACAAUUUCAUAUAAAAUUUAAAAUCUAUUUUGCAAUGGAAGAAAAAAAUGCAAAAUUAGAAACAACAGGAUGGAGACGUUAUGUGUUGAUGGAACCAGCAGUAUUUCUAACGUUAUUAGCUAAUGGGAUGACAUCUAAUGUUCUUACUGAUUUGAUUCUCUUUCAAACGUGUAGACAUAUAAUGGCAACAAACAAAACCAGCUGUGAUAUUUUACAUACAAAUAGUAGCAGUCAAGAAGCGCGAGAAUUGAGCAAAAUUAUUCAGCCACAUGCUAGUUACAUAAUAAUGAGUACAUCAUUGAUGAGAAGUAUUUUGCCAGCAUUAUUAAUACUAUUUUUUGGCCCAUGGAGUGAUAAAUAUGGUAGAAAGCCACUUAUAUUAAUUGGAAGCUUUGUUCCGUUGUGUAGAUACAUAAUACUAUGUACAUUAAGUAGUUUUGAUGCAAAUCCAUGGCUGUAUUUACUACCAUACGUACCAACAGCCCUGUUAGGUUCUGGACUCUUGUUAGCUACGACUUGUUACGUCUCUGAUACAACACAUCCUGAAAAGCGUGCAUGGCGUUUGGCUUGCCUACAAACUUGUGUCCAUGUUGGACUAGUAAUAGGGACACUUAUUGGUCCUCUUAUAUUUAAGCGACUCGGUUACACCUAUUUGUUCAUCAUUGCUGCUUUUUCAAGUUUAUCAUCAUUACUCUAUAUAGUAUUUGUUGUACCAGAAUCUGUAAAAAAUGAAUCUAAUAAAAAAUGGGGAAAUCCAUUUGAUUUGUCACUAGUUAAACAACUGGUACUAACAUGUACUAAAAAACGUGAUGGUCUGAAUCGUGGAAUGUUAUGGAGUUGCCUAUUAGUUUUAUCAUUUUCUAAAAUUUUAACUAAUGGACACACAAACGUAAUUUAUUUAUUCGUUAAUGCGAAGCUUGGUUGGGACGUUGUGCGGUAUUCGAUGUUCCAUAGCUUCUCUAUGGUUAUAACAAUUAUUGGCACUUUCGGUGGUGUCAAAGUAAUGAAACAUUAUAUAGGUUUUAGAGACAUUAGUAUAAUUCUAGUAGGAAGUUUAUCUGGUUUCUUAUCAACCAUGUGUCUUUCUUUUGCGACUGAAUCUUGGCAUAUGUAUUUAGAAGUUUGUUUAGGAGUUUUCAUUGGUGUUAUUUUACCCACAACACGAUCACUUAUAUCCGCAUCAGCUCCUAUAGAUGAUACAGGAAAAGUGUUUUCAUUGGUGUCAUUUGUCGAUACGCUAUUGCCACUAGGAAGUGCACCAUUAUACAGUUUAUUAUAUUCUUCAUAUAUAUCAGUUUAUCCAUCGCCAGUAUAUUUAAUGACGUCUGGAAUAUUUAUGUCAAUGAUAUUUGUUUCUAUAUUUAUUUAUUUGAAAUAUUUCAAAGAAAAAUCGCUCAAUUAAUCGGCUGUUUGCAUAACACGUUAUUUAUUAUUAAAUUUUCUCUAUUGAAAUUGAAAAUUUUCAAAAAAAAUAAAGUUAUUGAUUUGAGUCUCAUAUUGAGAUUGAAAUGCUCAAAAAAAAAAAUUUGAUCAUCUUCAUUGGUGGUAAAUAACAACAAAUUUUUAUUUAUCCGUCGAUUAUUAUUGUACAAACCCUUCCGCUAUUUUUGUACGCAUAUUUUAUGAAAAAGCUGAUGCUGCGCUUUUGAAAAGAGGAGUUUUAUUGAUUUAUUUAUACUGUAAAUCGAAGUGUUUUAAUUUAAAACACUCAAGUGGUUAACCCGUCAGUACUCCUGUUAUGAGCAUUUUGCUCACAGGACACUAUUCAACUUAUAGGAUGUCGCUUUCGCGUAACCGAGACACUAAAAAUCCCGGGAGUGCAGACGGGUUAAUUGUCAUUUAAAUACGUUGUAGUCACUUUCUAAACGUUUGCAAGUGCGUAGAAAGUGGCUAGAAUGUAUUUAAAUGGCAACAAAACACUUAGGUGUUUAAAAUUUAAACACUUCGAUUUACAGUGUACAAAUUUGUAAAAUGAAAUAAAAAAAAAAUUAAUCGGACAUAACAAAAUUGAACAAUUAAAAAUUGCACAUUCCAUUUUUUCAAAAUCUACAUGUUCAAUUUUUUUUUUCUAUUAGAAGUUAAUUUUCAGGUAAUUUAAAUAUGCCACAGUAUUUUUUAGGUAAAAAAUGCAAAAAGUGGACAUUUAGAUACCAACAACAUAAUUAAAACUACGAGAUUUUGAAGUAUUUAGAUGAUUAUCAACUCCAGGAGAGCGUUUCAAAAAUAAUUUAUGAUUAUUCAAAAUUUGGUCUGUGUCAAACAAGAUAAUUCACAGAGAUCUCGGAAUCCCAACCGUAAAAUCUGAAAUAAAACAAUUCAGCAUCAACUAUGAGACUAGACUAAUGUAUCACCCCAACACUCUAGCAACAAACCUACUGAACGUCGAACAAAUUAGCAGAAGAUUGAAAAGAUAUAAACCGUCAGAUCUGAAAAACCGAUUCAACUAAUUAAAUACUUCGCAAGCCAUAGAGUUUACCUCUAAAACCUGUAAUAUAUGUACCAUAAAAAUUACUUAAUGUUAAUUAGCAGAUUGUUGUUUAAAUUAAUAAAAUAAAAAAAAAAAAUUAUUCAAAA